GACACCGUACUUGCGCCGAUUCGUGCCCGCAACGUCGUCAAAGCAGCUGCCGUUGCCGCUCGCCCUUCGACGCCGUGAGACGAAGACUACGUUGGGUAUCCUCGCAGCUUAAGUAGUGACAAUGUCCGUACAUUAUAAAUUUAAAUCUACUUUGGACUUUGACACUGUGUCAUUUGAUGGACUACAUAUUUCAGUAGCAGAUUUGAAAAAGGCUAUUUUUCAUCAGAAACGUAUCGGCAAAAAUACAGAUUUUGAUUUACAAAUUACAAAUGCCCAAACAAAAGAAGAUUAUACAGAUGAUAAUGCAUUAAUUGCCAAAAAUACUAGUCUUAUUGUUGCAAGAGUUCCAUUAACAGUACAACAAAAACGUUCUUGGGACCGAAAUGAAACUCCUCCAUUUAGUAAUUUAAAAGAUGAAGCUAAUUUGAACAGGGCAGUAGAUCUCACGAGAUUAGAUGGUUCGGAAGAGGAUAAAAUUCGUGCAAUGAUGACACAAUCAACUCAAGACUAUGAUCCUUCAAAUUAUAUGAAAAUUCGUGGAGCCAAUCAGACUGGUGAUGUACCUGCAAAUUAUCGUUGUUAUAAAUGCCAUCAGCCUGGACAUUGGAUAAAAAACUGCCCAUUGGGUACAAAUCAGGAACCAAUUGAAAUAAAGAAAAGCACAGGUAUUCCCAGAAGUUUCAUGGUACCAGUCGAAGGACCCUUGGUACCUGGUGCUAUGAUGACACCUACAGGACACUAUGCUGUUCCUGCUAUUGAUCAUCAAGCUUACAAGGAAGGCAAGAAAGAACGCCCACCAUUUUCACAAGAUCCAGAACCUGUGAUAGAGAAACCAGAGAUACCAGAAGAUUUGUUAUGCAAUAUCUGCAAAGACCUUCUGACAGAUGCAGUGAUGAUUCCAUGUUGUGGAAAUUCCUUUUGUGAUGAAUGUAUUCGUACAUUUUUAUUAGAAUCUGAGGAACAUGAAUGUCCCGAUUGUAACGAGAAAGAUGUAUCACCGGAAACUCUUAUUCCAAAUCGAUUCCUACGUAAUGCAGUAAUGAAUUUUAAGAACGAAACUGGUUACGCCAAAAGACAGACUUAUCGACCUCCUAUUCAAAGUGGUGGACAAUCCACUGCACCAAUGGAACAACCAAAAGUUGAAGUGCAACAACCUACGAGUCAAGUAUCUCCUCAAGCUCAAACUAUACAAUCAUCCAUUGCUCCUAAUGUACCAUUGCAAGAAUCUGUGGAAUCGCAACCUACUAAUCUCGAAUCUGCCUCGCAACAUUUUCCAACUGCCACCUCUGGUUUGCAGCCACAGACAUCAACCACUCUGCCUGAAUCCACUUCAGAAUCGCAUUUGCAAAGUGAUUCGGUAACAAAACUAACAACUGACGAGGAAACUGAAGUGCCUCCUCCUCCAGGGACAGAGCCGUUGCUUCCGAUCCCCGCUAUCGGCGUAAACUCGCCGGAGAGAGAACGCGAGCGAAGUGAUCCACCUAGUCGUGACAAAAAGGAACGGGACAAUGAGUACGUCGGGGAACGUCAGUCCAGGGAGCGUCGACGAAGUUUUAGCAGGGAUGGACAUCGUGAGAGAAGUGGAGAACGUGGUCGUAGGAUUGAAAAUUUACGUCCGCUGAAUCGCAGUCGAAAUCGGUCUCUGUCGCCCAGACAUUCCCAGCACGGCGAAUAUCCAUCAUCAUCGAGCGCUGUACUGCCUCAUUUAAUGAACCCACCUCCUUCCAAGGGUUAUCAGGGUCAUCUAGCGGACGAUGGACAUUACCCGCCUGCUAUGCAUUAUGACAGUGGAAUACGCAGAUCCAACGAGGACCGUGCUGGCACUCCUACGGUCGACGAACCGCAUUUACAUGUCCCCACGUCCGGUAAUCAACCUCCGUUAUUGCCGUUUCCACCUGGCGAGGAGCGUAUCCCGCCACCGAAUUACAAUCAACCACCGCCGAAUGUACCUCCGCAUAAUCCCCCACUUUUGCCGGAUCCAUACUUGAAUCAUCGAAUACCGAUAUAUCCACAUCAGCAAGGCUCUCAUUAUGGACCGCCUAGAUAUGAUAGGCCUCCUUACCAACAGCAAGGAUAUCGACCAUCUCAGCCACCUCGAAACUAUAGUGGGCCACCGAGGCCAAUGAGAGGAUUGCAUCAUAUGGGAUAUAGAAACAUGCAACCACCGCCACCAGGCUUAGGUAGAAGCAUACACAAUGGAAAUCCACCUGGUAUUAUCGAUGAUCCAUUGGAAGCAUUUGAGCGUAUGCUCAGAGAGAAGGAUGAAAGAGAUCGACGUUUAGGAAAACACAGAAGAAGAAGUAGAACUCGCUCUAGAUCUCGUAGUUACACUCGAUCAAGGUCGCGAUCUUUUAGUCGGAGAUCUCCAUUUGGGUCUCGCCUUAGUCGAUCACGCACACCACCGUCGAAGCGAAGAUCAUCAAGAUCACCGUUACCACUUAGAGCGCGUAGUCGUACUCCAAAACGCAGAUCGCGAAGUGGCAGUUUCUCCAUUAGCAGAUCUAGAUCAUACUCUCGCAGUCAGUCGCCGAGGCUUUCUCCGUCGAGAGACAGAGAUAGGGAAAGAGACAGAGAUCGAGAUAGAGAUAGGGAGAGAGAUCGUGAGCGAGAUCGAGAUCGUGAUUUAUUGCCUAGAUAUCGAUCUCCAGUUAGAUCACCUCCCAGAUUUCAAAGAGAGAGGGAUCGCGAGAGAGAUAGGGCGCGAUCACGCGAGCCUCGAGAUGGAUACAGCACUUACUAUGGCGAUUCACCUGCUCACGAUUAUCAAUCGUUUCGUGAUCGUGAGCGUGAUUUACCGCCUAGAGAGAGACCGAUACCGAGAUAUCCUAUAAGGAACCAGCCGUCCCAACACAAUAUACCGCCGUUGAUGCCGCAUCUAGUCACUGGAGGUCAUCCACCACCGCCGCUUAUGUCAUUGGGACCUCCACCUACGGACAGGAAAGACUAUUAUGAUUCCUACAACAGAUAUUCUGGACCACCUCCUCCGCAGCGUUUCGGCAGUCCUCUGAGGGAUCCUCCACCUCAUAAGCGAUUCGAAGACGUUGCACCACCUGGCACCGAGGGCUAUUACGAUCUCUCACCACCGGGUGUCGAGCAUUCUGAUAGACCGUUGAGAGAAGAUCGGGAACGACAGCGUUCCUUGAGAGAUCAAGAAGACCGGGAACAUUCGUCGAAGGAUCGUGACAAUGAAGAGCGUGAUAGAUUGAGGGACGAUAGGAAUCGCGACCGUGAGGAUCGUAUGCGCGAGAGGGAUGACAGAGAUCGUAGAAUCGUGAACAGAGAUCGCGAAGAUCGCGAUAGACAACCCCCACCGAGAGAUCAUGAGGACAGGAUACGAGAGAAAGAUGAACGUGACAGAAGAGAGAAGGAAAAGGAACGAGAAGAUAGACACAUUCGCGAUCGUCGAGACGAUGACAGACAUAUCGAGAAGAAAGACUACGAGAAAGAUCGUUACAGAGAUGAUCGAGAUCGCCAUAGACAAGAUGACAAGAAUCGACCGCGAGAGAAGGAGAGACGCGAGCGCGAAUAUGAAUCCGAGAGAGAGAAGGACAGAGAUCGUCAUGAGCGAUAUGAAAGGCGUUCGCUAGAGCGGAAGAAGGGCAGAAAGAGUCUAAGUCCGUACUCGCAAAAAUCCAGAGGCGAUCUUAAGGAUCUUUCGCCAGAGCGAAGUACGAAGAAGAAGGAAAAGGAACAUGAUGAGAAAGUGGAAGAAAAGAAGAAGGAGAAAAAGAUAAAAGAAAAGAAGAAGAAGAAAGAUAGCGAUGAAAAAGAGAAGAAGAAGAAAAAGAAGAAGGAUAAGAAAUCUAGCCAAAAGGAGGCGCUCAAGGACGAUACGAUCAAGGUAGAGGAUGCGUUGAUCGAAGAUAAGACGUCGAAUGACAUCUCGUCUUCGCCGCUCAAGCUCGAUGCCGUGAAAACGUGCAGUGAGGAGGACAACAUCGAGAACAGGAUAGAAUGUAUUGCCAGUGAGGCACCCAUUGUGCCAGUCAAGGAGGAAUUUGAAGACAAAUCUCUGGCGAUGAAUCCAGAACCGCCGGAAUUCAGUGAACUCAGUCCCGGCAGUGGUCGACUCGAUCGCUCAGAAUUCGGUACUAAUCCACCGAAUCCAAACUUUAAGCCGAUUCCGGAACUUAAGUCGGAGAUGAAACCAAUUGAUAGUCUCUAUGGUGGACUGGACGACACAGAGAUCAACACCGUGAUCACAGAGAAAUAUUCUCUACUAUCGGAACACUCGCAGACAGAGGCAAAAGAAGUCACCGCCAUGCUAUCGACGGAGAAAUCCCCGAAGAAAGAUGAGUUCCUGGCACCUAUACCCGAGUUGUCCAAGUGGGAGAGAGACGACACAAUCGAGAAACCUGAGGACAGCAACGCGGAUGAAUCACCGACGGAGAAGGUGCAGAGAGAUGACGAGCCGAAGUCAAUGAAGAUGGUUACUUCGGAAGUUUUGAAACGAGCAGAAAAUGCUAUAUUCCAAAAAGCCAUCAAUGCGAUUCGACCAAUUGAGAUCAAGAAGAUUAGCGAAAGUAGAAAGAUAUUAUAUCAAAAUCCCGAACCUAAAGUGUUGGAGACGGUAGAACCAGCUGCUAACCGAGAGCCGCGAAAAAGCGUUAACGUGACGAUUAAUGUCGGCAGGAAUGAGAGAAAUGUCGAGAUCACGGAGCCGGUGAAAACCAAACUUGAUCGUACCAAGUUUAAGCCUGUUCCGGAGACAGCCUACUCACCGACUAGGCUGUCCGCUAAGGAAAGACUCGGUGAGAAGAUCGAGGAGGGCAAGGAAAGAAAGAUUAGCCCUAUAAAGGGAUUUUUAGAGAGACGCGACAUAAAGAACGAGAAUCAAUCGAGAAGUCGAUCACCCAGAAGAGAGAAAAGAAUUUCUCCUCCGCUUUUAGAGCGACGCGUGGAACCAUCUUCGUUGGGUUUAACUGUGAGCGGUGAGCGAAAGGUAUAUCUGGAUGAAAGAAAACGGGACAACAAAGAUAGAGGCGAUCGAUCGAAGGAGAGGUCGGAUUUCCGAGGCGACAGGCACAGUGGCGAAUUGAGGUCAGAGAGGGAAGGUAGAAUUGAUUGUAGAACAGAUUUUCGUUCAAAUAGAAACGAUGUCAAGGGAGAAAAAGAUCGCGAUAAGGAUCGUGAACGCAGAGCUAGAACGCCUCCUCCGUCUUGCGCUUUCAAGCGAACGGAUAUGAUGAAAAUAAGCUUAUUAAAAUCGAAGGAUGAUGAAGAAGAUAGAAGACGCGACAAGAAAUCUCGAGAGGAGAAGAAAAGAAAGAAGGAGCAUCGUAGCAGAAGUAAAUCCAAAGAGCAUAAAAAGCGCAAAGAGAAGAAGCACAAAAAAGAUAAGGAGAAGAAUCAGGAAAAGAAACAGAAGCACAAGGAAGCCGCAGCUUUGAAGGAUGGAAAGUCGGACGGCAACGAGACCAAAAUCAAUUAUGAGAAUAUCGAGCAGCCUCUGACAGAGUCAUUGAAGAAACAGAGGAAAAAUCCGAGACUGGUGUCCGAUCGCAAACGUAGUAUACUUGACGAAGCGAGCUUUGAACCCGAUUACUCGGCCUCGGACUCGGAAUCGGAUGGUGAAGACGGAGGAAAGGGAUUGGCACCAGCAAAGAAACUGAAAUUGGACGAAACAGAAUUAGACAAGGAGAUGGAGAUCAAGUCUUUGAAGAAGCGAUCUAAAUCUAGUAGUAGUGAGGAUACAUCCAGCAGUUCUGAUACGACCAGCAGUGAUUCGGACAGCAGCGACGAGUCGCAUAAGAAGAAGAAAAAGAAGCAUAAAAAACAUAAGAAAAAGAAGGCUAAGAAGGACACUAGUUCUGAUUCGGACACUUAUUCGGAUUCGUCCGACAGCAGCAGCGACGAGGAGAAACAUAAGAAGAAGUCAAAGAAAUCAAAGAGCAGGAGCAAGCAGUCGAAGAAGAAGAAAAAGUCCAAGCAUAAAUGACAUCAUUAGAUAUUUUGAUGCUCGAUCAAAAAAACACUUUACCUGAAAACCAUAAAAAAGCGCAAAAAAUAAAAGCUUCUUUUUCUUGAGCGCUUUCAAAUAUUAUGAAAAUUAUUUUAUUUUCGUCAAUUCUAUGGAUAGAUUAUGCAAUCAAUGAUACCACUCGCAUAUCUUUCAGAUAGAAUAACGAUUAUUUUGUACUUGCGAUUGUUGUCAGAGUUCAAUAUAAAAUUAUUUUAGACAGGAUUAUCUCUAGCAGUAGAUUAUUUAUUGGCGCAAAAAAAAAUGUUUUUGACAAGUGAAAUAAAUUAACGGACUGACGAGUAGUAGAAAAAAAAGAGCAGCAUAUAUAUAUAUAUAUAUAUAUAUAUAUAUAUAUAUAUAUAUAUAUAUAUGUAUAUAAAAGAUAUAGACAAGUUGCUCUAAAAGAGGAACAGAUAACAUUAUAUGGCCUUUUUGCAUAAUUAUUACGUUCCGGUUUGGUAUAUUAAAGUACUGUAUGUAAGUUUAUUAUUGCAAUAAGUGAUGUACAUUGUAACCCAUGUGUAUCUUACGAUAUAAUUUUGUCGAAAGAUAAUAAGCAUUCUUAAAAAACCCAAUAAUUAUUAUGUAAUGAGUUAAGAAUAAUAUCAUUUAGGAUCUCUGCUAUCUCAGCAUUAUAUUGUACUUUCAUAAUCUAAUGUCAAUAUGUAAGAAAAGUCACGAAAUAAAAUAAUAAAAUUCUUUUAAUACUUU